AUGCAGCAACAACAACAGAACUACCCAUAUACCCACUCCUCAAAGCCAGCAGCACAGCUCGCCCACCUGGCUGCUGCCUCAGUAGUACGGAAACCAGCCUACACUCAAACACAAAAGUUCAAGAACCACUUCCAUGCCGGUGCAGUAUCCCUCUCGCUCUCAUAUGCAGUCAUGCACCCACUCGACACCCUCAAGACAAGGAUGCAGGUCCCCGGCGGCAAGGGCAUCGCCUGGUCUGCCGUCUUCACCCGCGAAACUGUCCGUCUCCUUGGCAAGGGCUUCCUCAUCAGCUCCAUUGGUGCCGGUCUCCAGGGUGGAGCGCGCUUCUCAUUCUACGAAUUGACUAAAUCAUACCUCCUCCCACCAACAUCCCGUUUCCAAACCGGCAACACCCCACCUCAACACCCCUGGUUCCUCCCAACCCUCUCCCCCAUCCCCGCGACAGCCAUCUCUGCCAUCAUCGGCGACCUCGCUUCCUCAGUAAUCAAAGUCCCCCGAGAAGUCAUUACCUCCCGCCUCCAAACCGGAUACUACUCCAACAUCGAGGGCGGCGUCAACGCAGGAUAUGUAUUCAGGGCAGUACUCCGGGAAGAAGGCGUACGAGGCCUGUUCAGGGGCUUCUGGAGCACCACCGCUCGGGACUGUCCCUUCAUGGUGAUCCUCUUUACGACCUAUGAGAACUUCAAGGCCUAUCAUACUCGCAACCUCCAGAUCCAGAUUACGUCCGACCCGAAUUAUAUCGCCUCUUCGCCUGUCGAGGUCAAGAUCCCACCCAUGACUUCUACGUUGUUUGGAGGGAUCUCUGGGUUCUUGGCAGGCUACUUCACAACGCCCAUGGAUGUCAUCCGGACCCGGAUCAUGACCUUCAAGAAAUCCGCUGCCGUCAUCACUCCAGGACCCACUACAGGAUCGAUCCAGUCUUUGAAGUCAGUAGUGGAUUUGACAAUGACCGGAAUCAGUCGAGAGAUGUACCACCAGGCGACGGUCCAGGCCGCCCAGAAGAGUGUCCAUUCGAAUGCGUUUGUGGCGAGCAUGCGACAUGGACAGAGUGUUUACAGUACCUUCUUUGUUGGUGCGAUCCCCAGGAGUCUGUGGUGGUUCUGUGUUUGCUCGAUCUUCUUUUCGACAUACGAGGUUAUGAAGCAGAACUUGAUGCCUUUGGACUACGAGCCCAACGCUACUCGCAAAUAA